AUGUCAGCCAAUUCAAGCGCGCUGAAACGGAAGCACUCGGGCAAGACCAUCAAGGAGCUCUUCAUCACCCACUCCAAGCCAAACCUUGCCUCGGCAGCUCCGUUAUCGCCCACAAGCAAGCGCACACGACGAGACAGUUCGCCCAUAGAGAGCACAGAGGUUGCCACUCCGCCCUCUUUGAUAAGCAGUAUGGAUGCGGCCGAUAUGUACAGCUUUCCCAGCAAGAAGGCAGGCAUAUCUAGUAAUGCAAAUGUCGUUCACAUCGCCUCGAGCCCUGAGAACAGCCCUGCGAAGACGAGCGGCCAACGCAAUGGAACGCGCAAGGCAGCACCCAACUUGCAUGGCAAUAGCGGCCCCAAGCGACUGGUGGUGAAGAAUUUCAAGCCGAUUAGAAAGGUGGACCCCCGUGCUUUUCUGGACCAGACAUGGCAGAAGGUCGAAAAGGCCCUUGACACCAUCUUUGACCAAGGCGACAUUGACUUUAGUCUGGAGGAGCUGUACCGCGGCGUAGAAAAUGUCUGUCGACAGGACAUGGCCAGGGACAUCAAAGAACGUCUAACCACCAAGUGCCGAGAUUACGUGCGAGGCAGUUUAGAGGCAAAGGUAAAAGACAACCUGGGUAAAACUAGUGUUGAUGUACUGCGGACGACGCUACAUGCUUGGGCACUAUGGAACAAUCAGAUGAAAUACCUAGAUUGGAUCUUUUGCUACCUCGACCGAGCCUACCUCCUCCCACGUCACGAAUCCCUUCGCGACAUCUGCAUUAGCCUUUUCCGCUCAAUCGUCUUUGAAAAUGACAAACUAAACCCUCGCAUUGUUGAUGGUGCCUGCGAUCUGGUAGCAACUGAUCGGACGGGCGGCGAUCUGGACAGCGAGAUGUUCUCCAAGACAGUCAAUAUGUUCCACGACAUGCAAGUCUACACACGGCACUUUGAGCCGCGCUUGAUGGAACUCAGUCAGGAAUACAUAGUGAAAUGGGCAGACACGGAGAGUGCAGAGAAGUCCUUGCCCGAGUAUGUGCGCAAUUCGAGGGCGCUCAUGGACCGUGAGAUGAAGAGGGUAGAGAUGUUUAGCCUUCCAAACACAACCAAGCGAGAGCUUCUUACGCUGCUGGAAGAUCAUUUAAUCACGAAGAAAGAGUCUAGAUUGACUAAUCAAGACGAACUUGCUGACCUCCUGGAAACUAAUGCUGUCCAAGAUCUCGAGUUGCUAUACACACUUCUCGAACGCCGAAAAAUGGGCGCACGCCUACGGCCAGGUUUUACAAAGUGGAUAGAAGACGAAGGCACAGCUAUCGUCUUCAAUGAAAAGGAACAAGAGAACAUGGUCGUACAACUGCUGUCAUUGAAGCGUCAGUUAGAUGCCAUUUGGAAAACCUCGUUCCAUCGAGACGAAGAGCUGGGUCACGGGCUGCGCGAGGCUUUUGACAAGUUCAUGAACAAGACAAAGAAGACGAACGCAAGCUGGGGCACAGACAACUCCAAGACGGGCGAGAUGAUUGCCAAGUACGUCGACAUGUUAUUGAGAGGAGGUGCCAAGGCGAUACCAACACAGUUGAGCCGGAAGUCAGAGAAGCCUGUUGAAGUUGAGCCUGAGGAUGACAAGGAAGACCAUGUGUUUGAUGAAGACACUGAAGUCAACAACCAACUCGACCAGGUUCUCGAUCUGUUUCGCUUCUUACAUGGCAAGGCUGUUUUUGAGGCCUUUUACAAGAAAGACCUAGCACGACGAUUGUUGAUGGGCAGAAGCGCUAGUGCGGAUGCUGAGAGAAGCAUGUUAUCAAGACUCAAGAUUGAAUGUGGUGCUGGCUUCACUGCCAAUCUUGAACAAAUGUUCCGAGACAUCGAACUGUCCCGCGAAGAAAUGAGUUCAUACAAGAACAUUAGCGAGGAACGUAACGAAAAACUCGAUCUCGAUCUGAACGUAAACAUCCUUUCUGCGUCCGCCUGGCCCACCUACCCCACUGUACCCGUCAUCCUACCGCCAGAGGUCCAAUCUGCUAUGAACAAAUUCGAAGCGCACUACAAGAUCAAACACACUGGCCGCAAGCUUGAGUUCAAGCACGCACUGGCGCAUUGUCAAAUCAAGGCCAGAUUCCCCAAAGGCCUCAAGGAACUGGUAGUCUCGUCAUUCCAGGCCAUUGUACUAUUGCUGUUCAAUGGCCGAGGGGAUGACGAGCACAUUGAUUACGAAUAUCUCAAGCAAGCCACAGGACUACCCCCUGCCGAGCUUAAUCGUACAUUGCAAUCUCUCGCUUGUGCCAAAGUGCGGCCUCUAACGAAGCAUCCAAAGGGCCGCGAGAUUAGCGAGAGUGAUACGUUCACUAUCAACUCUUCUUUUACAGAUCCCAAGUACCGCAUCAAAGUCAACACUGUUCAGCUCAAGGAAACUGCGGCUGAAAACAAGGAAACCCACGAACGUGUUGCUGCGGAUCGAAACUAUGAGACGCAAGCCGCCAUUGUGCGCAUCUUGAAGGCAAGAAAGAGAAUCAGUCACGCCGAACUAGUCAGUGAGACUAUCAAGGCUACAAGAAACAGGGGUACUUUAGAGGUUAGUGGUAUCAAGAGGAACAUUGAUCGGUUGAUUGAGAAGGAGUUCUUGGAGAGGGAGGACGAUGGAUUGUAUGCCUACAUUGCAUAG